UAUGGCGUUUAUCAUAACGGUAGAGUACUUUUUAGCACGUAUUUUGCUCAUUUGGUGAAAUAAUCUUCAAACUUUGGGCUAUCCAAGGAAUAUUUUACAAUGCCUUACCAAGUUUUUCGCCAUUUUCGCUUCGUGUUCCAUCCAUUCAUACGUUUUUGCAAGCUACUUCGUCGUCGUAUCAAAACAACUAUCACAACAAUCUUCAUAACAUGUUCUCUAAUGUUUUACCUCGUUCAUAACGAUUCUUUGUAUUUUGGCUUCGGAGAGGAUUCAAAAGAGUAUUUAGACUAUAUUUCAAAAACUGCUUCUUGUAAGUUACCGAAAUUAAACCCUUUUCACAGGAGUAUUUUGCCGUACAUCAAGAAUUUGCAGCCAUUAGAGUGUGGAAGGAGUAUCUCGACAUUCGAAAAGGACGUUCUUCGAGUUGAAGGUGAAAACAUUGUAUCUGUUUACUAUAGGACUCUAACGAGACCAGAUGGGAAUGAUGAUGCUGUUAAUAUAUCUGAGCCAAUAGAAAUACCAAACUUGUUAAACAAACACGUUGGUGGGAAGAGAGCAGAGGACGUCAUCAAACCUGGUGGCUAUGGGUGUAUUGUACACAAGAUUAGCCAUAAGUGUCUUCACCCCUAUGGUGGGAUAGGCUUACCAAACGGACUUCAACCCGUAGUAUUUCACGAAAACUGCUGUGAAAAGGCUGCUUACUUCCAAAUGGAGAAGGAUGGCGCCAUAAAACAUGUUCAGAGCAAUCGAUGUAUUCGUCAAAAACGUCCUGGAACAAUCGGUACAGACAUUACUUUGCACCAGAAAUGCGAUACCAAGUUCGAAGUCAUUGACGGAUAUAUUAAACUGAAAGACAAAGAUCUUUGCUUACAACCCGCGAGUAGACGGGACGAUCCCGCGAACAACGAGGAAAUCGUGCUUGAUGGAGAUUGUAACAAGGAAAGACAUUCUUUUUACUUUAAUUUUCUUGAAGGAACGCAAUUUAAGGGAGAAGUAACCGUAAACACUGAUUUUAUACGAGUUGAAAUCAAAAAUGGCGGAACAGCAGACGAUGUUAUAGAAACUCAUAUGCAAACGAACUUUAAGAAAGAAGUUGGGGAGAGAAAGAUUAUCCCUGCUGGGAUCCCUGUGGAUAUUGUGAUGAUCAUGUUUGAUUCGACUUCUGCUGCAAACUUCAUACGGAAAAUGCCUAGAACGUACAAAUACUUGAAAGAGACCUUGAAUACUGUCUUCUUGAAUGGUCAAACAAUAGUUGGAGAUGGAACAACUGCUCAACUAUCAGCUAUACUCACAGGAAUUCCAGAACAUCAUCAACCAGAAAGCAGAAAAGCGUUUCGCAAUGCAAAGCCAGUUGACAACUGGCGGUGGAUUUUUAAAGAAUACUCGAAGCAGGGCUAUGUCACCAUGUACUCCGAAGAUUCUCCGGCAGUCGGAGCGUUUAAUUAUCGAUUGAUGGGCUUUCGCGAUCCACCGACAGACCACUAUAGUAGAUAUUUCUGGCUUGAAGCAGAGAAUUAUGUUAAAAAAGUGCACUGCACUGGUAACCAAGCUAUUCAUAACCUUACUUUGAACUAUUUGUUGAGCUUGUUCAGAACGUACAAGAAAAAUCCAAAAUUCUCGUUGCUGAACUUUUCGAAUCUCGUGCACAGAGACCCGAAUGCCAUAACCUAUGCUGACGGAGAUCUCUUGAAUCUACUUCAAACAAUGACAAAGGAAUCCUACUUGGACAACACCUUUCUUUUUAUUUUUGGUGACCAUGGUUACAGAUUUGGAGGCAUGAGAAAACAGACGUUGCAAGGAAAGCUCGAAGAAAGGUUGCCGCAUUUCUCAAUUUCGGUGCCAAAAUGGUUCACGAGGCAACACAGAAGGUUGUACAACAAUUUAAAGUUUAAUUCAAGGCUUUUGACUUCACCCUUUGAUAUUUACGCAACUCUUAAAAAUACUUUGAGUUACCCAUGGGCACCAAAGUACGUUAUGACAGGCCAAAGCUUACUUUCUAAGAUCGAUCCUUAUAAAAGAACCUGUGGCAAUGUUGGUGUACGCGAUCAUUGGUGCCCUUGUCUGGUCAUGGAAAAAGUAUCUGUAAAGGAUGAAGUGGUCAGGGAGCUAGCUACGUUUGCGGUGUCGUCUAUCAAUGAUCAAAAUAAUGAUACGUCAACCACGUCUAAGCUAUGCCUUCCCUUGUCCUUAAAGCAAGUUGUACAAGUUUCUCGAGAGAUGCCUAGCCAUACAGUACAAACGUUUAAGUUCUCCUUCAAGAACAAGGAAUGUGAUUCCUGUGGCGCGAAGCUUGCUGCGAAGGCCGUAAAUACGAUGGUCAAAGACACGUUGUAUCAAAUCCAAUUUACUACCAAGCCAAACAAUGCUACUUAUGAAGUAAGCAUUAGUUUGAAUGGGGGUGUUGCGUCUAUUGAUGGAGAGAUAAGUAGACUCGACUCUAUUGGAGUCCAAGCUGAUUGCAUUAAAGAUACCUUUGUGCAUCUCAUUAAGUUCUGUUACUGUAAAACGAAAACAAACUUCAAGCAAAUAAAUUGAAUUUUAUAAA